AGUUCACAAUUUCCUUCUCUAUUUUCUUUUUCCCUGAUAAAUACCAGUAAGAAGACUAGAAGUUAGCAGCCCCUAUCUUGCUCAGAAAGAAAACCUCAACAAUCUGUGUUUGGCUAGAGAGAAAGAAACCAAGAAAGUUAAAUAAUAAUAAUAAUGUCAGGUAUGGAGAGACUGCAAAGAAUGUUUGCAGGCGCAGGAGGCGCGCUGGGUCAUCCACCACCAGAUUCUCCCACUCUCGAUUCCUCCGAGCAGGUCUACAUCUCCUCUCUUGCCCUCCUCAAAAUGCUUAAGCACGGGAGAGCUGGGGUACCGAUGGAGGUGAUGGGUUUGAUGCUUGGAGAGUUUGUGGAUGAAUAUACAGUUCGUGUUGUCGAUGUAUUCGCAAUGCCACAAAGUGGUACUGGUGUGAGUGUUGAAGCUGUUGAUCAUGUGUUCCAGACUAACAUGCUUGACAUGCUUAAACAGACUGGAAGACCGGAGAUGGUUGUGGGGUGGUACCAUUCACAUCCUGGAUUUGGCUGUUGGCUCUCUGGUGUUGAUAUAAAUACCCAGCAGAGUUUUGAAGCUUUGAAUCAACGUGCUGUGGCAGUGGUGGUGGAUCCAAUUCAGAGUGUUAAAGGAAAGGUGGUAAUUGAUGCCUUUCGUUUGAUUAACCCACAAACAAUGAUGCUUGGCCAAGAACCACGGCAGACAACUUCCAAUCUUGGGCAUCUGAAUAAGCCAUCCAUUCAAGCUUUGAUCCAUGGAUUGAACAGACAUUACUACUCCAUAGCCAUUAAUUACAGAAAGAAUGAACUUGAGGAAAAGAUGCUUCUUAACCUGCACAAGAAGAAAUGGACAGAUGGUUUGACACUUAGGCGGUUUGAUACUCAUUCAAAAACCAAUGAGCAGACUGUUCAGGAAAUGCUGAGCUUAGCUAUUAAAUACAACAAGGCAGUGCAAGAGGAAGAUGAGCUGCCACCUGAAAAGCUGGCAAUUGCAAAUGUAGGAAGGCAAGAUGCGAAGAAACACCUUGAAGAACAUGUCUCAAAUUUGAUGUCCUCCAACAUAGUUCAGACAUUGGGCACUAUGCUUGACACUGUUGUGUUUUAGACCUGACUUUAUGUCAUUCUGUACUCUGUUUCAAGUAGAACGAUCUUGAUUCAGAAUUUACUUUUACAUUUCCUUUCCUUUCAUUGUUUGUUAUGUUGUACUGUACUAGUUGUCAUGGUGGAUAUUUGGAAGACAGUUCAAUCACGGGGAUCAAUAGUGUCAUUUUAUUAUCU